AUGAUGUCUGAGUCCUGGCCCAACCACAACAUCGUCCACAGUUUCCAACUCAUUUACAACGUCCGUCUCGUCCUCGAUAACCUCGGGCCUCACCACCACAAUCUCAACUUCGGGAAGUACGACGGCGUCCGGCUCCUCCACGGGGCCAUCAACUUCGCUUUCGACUGGGACAACUUCUGUGACCAUGGGAUCGACGGCUACACGGACAAGCACAAUAUUAACUUCAACACCGACAAGUACGUUGUCUGGCUCAACAUCUACAAGUACAUGGUCCUCAAGAACUACUAUAACCGAAACGGAUUCUGUGUCGACCCCAACUGGAGAAUCUAUCUCCACGUGGUCAACAGGGACAAGCACACCAUCCAUUUCAAUAAGUACGUUGUCUGGUUCAACAGCUACAAGCACAUGGUCCUCAAGAACGACUGUAACCGAAACGGAUUCUCUGUCGACCCCGACCACGUGGAGCACUUCGACUUCUGCCACUACUGGGGGCAUCACCACCUCGACUGCCACUACAUCCACAUCCAAUACCAUAUCGAUCAGCAGUGUUACCUCAACCGGUACUGUAACCACCGGCACGUCCACGUCAACAGGCACCUCUACGUCCACCGAUAUUUCGACAUCCACCGGAACCUCCACGUCCACCGGAACCUCAAGCACUGCGAGCGGUACAACCUUAAGUACCGGAACACGGAUCACGUCGACCGAAUCAACACUGAGUGGACCAAGUUCUACGAUCAGUACAAUCAGUGUUACUUCAACUACCUCAACAUCUUUGACCAUGAGCACCUUGAGCGGAUCAACUUUCACUUCAACAACAUCUGUGAGAUUUUCAACCGGCACAUCCACCAGCUUGAGUACCGGAACACGGAUUACAUCGACCGAAUCAACACUAAGUGGACCGAUUUCUACGAGCAGUACAAUUAG